AUGUCUCAACUUUGGACAAAGUGGAGCUGGGUGAAGAAGUUCAGCUCGCUAUCAACAGCGGCAGCAGGAAAAGCGCCUUUAAGUGGUUUCCCCAGAGCUCCCGUGGUUCAGAAAUCGGCCAUCACCACCAGUCGCCUCGCCGCCAGUCCACCACAACAGUCACCCACCCUGUUUGGUCUUACUCGACUUUUCUCGGCUUUUCCUUACCGCAACACACAGUCUGACCCAUCUAUUGGAAGAUCGGGGCGAAAGCCCCGUACAUAUGCUUGGAGCCUGGGGGCUAUCGGGUGUUUGGCGUUUCUCCCGGUUCUGUACGCCGAGCCCAAGUUCUCAACGGACGGCGAAAAGACGUUGGGUCCUCUCAUCGGUACCGAAGGGGAAGGAAAGUUGCUCGCUGCAUCGUCGGCAUCACAGUUGAUCACUCCCGCUCCGCCGAGUUGGCUCUCACUAUUGUCCCCUCUCCAAUUACUCCAUCUGGUUUACCGAGUGACAUACCUGGGAGCCCUCUUCGUGCCCGUGCUCCUCUCCUUCCCCGUUUGGUGGUACUUCAAUCGAGGUCGCAUGGAGAACGACAAGGAUCCCCUCCGUACGUGGUGGAUUCGAUACCUGGUCUGGAGUCUGGAGCGCGCAGGCGGCUUGUUCAUCAAACUCGGCCAGUGGUUGAGUUCUAGAGUGGACGUGAUACCACCGCGCAUCUGCGAAGUUCUUGCCAAGUUGCAGACGAAUGUCAAGCCACAUUCCGUUGCGCACUCGCGCAAGGCGGUCGAAGCUCUGUUUGGGAAGAAGAUAGAUGACAUCUUUGUCGAGUUCGAUGACGAGCCCGUUGGGACGGGAGCUGUUGCCCAAGUCCAUCGCGCUGUGCUGAGACUCUACGACGCCGAGGGCCCGAUGAAUGAGGUUGCGAUAAAGAUCCUCCAUCCGAACAUAAGACGAAGGAUGAACACCGACUUAAUUCUCGUCAAAAUGACCGGGUUCUUCUUGAACCUGAUUCCUGGGGCAAAGUACCUCAACUUCAACGAAGAGAUUGCGCUGUUUAGCCGGAUGAUGCAGAAUCAACUGGAUAUGGAGAUUGAGGCGAACAACUUGCGAGUGUUUGCUAAAAACUUCGAGAAAGUCUCGGUGGUACAGUUCCCGGCUCCGAUCAAAUGGAACCAGGAUGUGUUGGUGGAAACAUAUCAUAAUGGGUUGUUACUUCGGGAAGUCUUAUCGAACGCACCGACUCCAUAUGAUGAUGCAUUGGCUCAGAUCGGCGUACAUACCUUCAUGCAAAUGAUCCUGCGCGACAAUUUUUUCCAUUGCGACCUGCAUCCCGGCAAUGCCUUAAUCAGCUUCAUCCAUACCCCUGAGGCUCCCAGCUACGCGCAGAAAGCUGGAGCCUUCAUCACAAGGACUUGGGACCAAUCAAAGAGCAGCAAAGCCCAGUCUAUAUUUCACGCCAAAGAAAUCGAUGUGGAAGCGUUGGACAACCUACGACGAGCUCCGCGGAGUGCGACAAUCCACAUCCUGAAUCGGAUGAAGGCGGAAGGAUGGGUGCCAAAGAUCGUGAUCCUGGAUGCGGGCAUUGUUGGAUCUUUGUCGGAGGAGAACAUGGGCAAUGUUAAAGAUGCAUUCACGGCCGGCCUAGACUUCGACGGCACCAAAAUCGCCGAUCUCUUCCUCACCCGCUGCAAAGAUCCCCAGAACAUCCACGACCCAGCCCUCGCCCGCGAAACCCUGAAACAGCUCCUAGACGAUCUCAAACUCGAUACCGGGGGCACAUUACCCCUUUCACGCGUGCAGAGCGCGGAGGUCGUCACGCGUGUUGCCAAUAUGUUACGGCAUCAUCGGAUAGCGCUGGAUGGAGAGUUUGUGAACCUGUUUCUGUGCGCUACGUUGGCGGAGGGUGUGGCGAGGAAGCUGGACGCGGAUAUGAAUCUGUUGGAUCCUUUGGCUGAAUACCUGUUGUGA